AUGCCCAUGCUAGUAGCUGGGUUUUUCGUCCUCCAGCUUGACCGAAGCAAUAUCUCCAACGCUCUUACAGACUCCAUCACUACCGAUCUUGGGAUAAGUUCAGACCAAGUCAACUUCGGGAGUCAAUUGAUGUCCAUUGGGAUAAUCAUGUCCGAGAUACCCUCAAAUAUCCUUUUACAACGUGUUGGCGCCUCAUAUUGGUUGACUUUCCAAAUGCUUGCAUGGGGUACCAUCGCUUUGACACAGUCCUGGUGCACAAAUAUUCACUCAUUCUACGCUACCCGAUUUUUACUGGGCCUAUUUGAGGGUGGGUAUAUACCUGGUGCGCAAUAUAUGUUGGCUUUGUUCUAUACUCGCAAGGAACUGGCCCGGAGAACAGCGAUAUUCUACUUCGGGAACUAUGCUGCCACUGCGACGGGCUCUUUGAUAGCCGCUGGUGUACUUCAGAUGGCUGGCAUAAAUGGAUUAUCGGGCUGGCAAUGGCUUUUCAUCCUGGAGGGUGCCUUGGCCCUAGUAUUCUUCGUGAUCUUCGCGGCAUUUCUUCCUCGUAGCCCCAAACACACUGCGCCGCUUCACGGUCGGUGGGACAUUUUUAGCAACCGUGAACGCUUCAUUAUGCAAUCUCGUGUGAUCGAGGAAGACGAAACGAAGGCCGACGACAAAGCCCAUAUGACCUUGAGAAAUCUAAUGGGUGCACUGCUGAAUUACCGGAUCUGGCUACACAUGAUACUCAACAUUGUCAGUCUUGCCCCGAAGGGAGGACUCCAACUAUACGGACCUACCAUCAUCAAGAGUCUCGGAUUUUCGAAGAUCAACGCCAACCUUCUCAACGCCGUGAGCAGUGUACUUAUCAUAAUCCUUUCCUAUCUCAUUUCUAUUGCCUCCGACAAAACCCAUUUGCGUGGACCAUGGUGCAUCGCGGCGUACCUAUGGUCCAUCGCGUUUGCGGGCGCUCUAUUCAGUCUUCCAGUGGGAACCGCUAAGUGGGCUCGCUAUGCCGUCUUUACACUGUUGAGUAGUGGCAAUUCUUUAGCCCAGGGCCUCAAUGAUGCAUGGGUCAGUAUAAAUGCCACUGAUUCCAGUGCUCGAAGCCUUGGGCUUGCUAUGGUUGUUAUUGGAAGCAAUCUUGGUGCAAUUGCGGGUCAACAGCUGUUUCAGUCAUCGGAUGCUCCGCGGUAUACCCAUGCCUUCUUGGCCAUCUUACUGCUUUAUAUCGCCUCUAUUCCAGUUGUGCUCGCGUUGAUGUGGAUAUACAAGCGUGGAAAUCGGACCACAGAGGGAAACUCGGAAGUGUUGGAGAGUGCUAGGGCGAGAAGAUUCGAUCUGUAG